AUGGCACCAAACAAGAAAGAUAUAUCUAAGAUAGGCCAAGAAGCCUUUACUCUUCUUGAUGAAUUCCAUGAAAAAAAUACAAGGCCUAGUGUGAAAACAACCAAUAAAAAUUACUUUUAUUAUAACCAAUAUCAACCCCAAAAAUCUCAUAUUGUUCAAUUCAAACCAGCUGAAGAGAGAGUUAUGAAUAGUUAUGAAGCUGUGAAGUUCUAUGGAGGGGUUCUUGUUUGUGAUUAUUCCAAGAGAAAACCAAAAGUUAUGACUUGUUAUUAA